AUGGCCAAGAACAAAAUCAUCAUCGAUACCGAUCCGGGUAUUGAUGAUAUACUUGCCAUGCUGCUCGCCUUUGCGGCGUCUCCGGAAGAAGUCGAGGUGCUGCUUGUUUCGUUGACGUUUGGCAAUAUCGAAGUGCACAGCUGCCUGCGAAAUGUUGUCUCAAUGCUGCAUAUCCUCGAACGUGAAAUGGAUUGGCGCAAGAAACAAGGCAGACCAGAAGGCUUCGAUACGCUACGAGCACAGAAACCCGUCAUUGCAGUCGGCGCUGAGCAACCGCUGGAUGACCAGAAAAUGCUUGCAGAUUAUUUCCAUGGAAAGGACGGCCUUGGUGGAAUUCAUUUCAGCCAUCCUCAUCUCACCCCCGGCGAGACAUGGGAGCAUCUCUUUGAUCCAAUCUCCGAUCCUGAGGUCCUCCCGAAUGUCGGCCCAUCUCCGUCGGAAUCUCACAAGUCAUUCAUUCCAUCCAAACUGCCAGCAGCAGACGAGAUUCUCCGAGUUCUCAGAGAGAAUGAAGAAAAUACCGUGACUAUUGUUGCCGUUGGGCCUUUAACAAAUCUUGCCUUGGCCGCCGCCAAAGACCCAGAGACUUUUCUCCGAGUAAAGGAAGUGGUUGUUAUGGGUGGAACGAUCAACGAGCCAGGAAACGUCACCCCCGUAGGCGAAUUCAACAGCUACGCCGACGCAGUCGCCGCAGCACGCGUAUUUGCCCUAACCUCGCCCAAUCCCCAAAGCACUCUUCCACCCAGCAAAAUAUUACCCCCCUAUCCCGCCAAACUCAGCAAGACACUUACCCUCAAACUCUUCCCACUGGACAUAACAAGUCAACAUGAUCUCAUCCGCGGCGACUUUGACCGCACCAUCACACCACUAUUACAGUCGGGCAGCCCUCUAGCCGAAUGGGUUGACGCCUUCAUGGCCCACGUCUUCCAAACCCUUGAGCGCCUUCAUCCCGGCCACGAAGGCGCAAAGGCCAGUCUUACCUUACACGACCCUGUAUGCGUAUGGUACGCGAUGACAUCAGAUGAUCCUAGAUGGAAACCUACAUCGACAUCGCCUGAAGAUAUCCGCAUUGAGACAGUGGGACAAUGGACAAGAGGGAUGUGUGUUGUUGAUCGACGCAACAGACACAAAGUUGAGGAUGAUGUAGAGAGUCAUAGUGAUCAUGGGUUAUGGUUGAGUUCAAGAGCUGGGAAUAGGAUUAUUAGGAUGGAGGGGUCGCCUGGCGGGGAGACUUUUGGUAUGUUGCUGAUGAAGAAGCUUUUUGAAUAA